AUGUCAAAUCCAAUAUCACUACCGCCUAAUUUGGCACUAGAAGGAAAUCGAACCAAUGACUACAAGCCAGCAGAUAUCCAGGUGACUUCUUCUGAUAUUCUUAAAGAUGCUAAUCACAUCCGACAAUCCACAUUCAAUCGUCCUCAGCAGACAAUCCAAGAUCUCGAUGAGCUCAGAUCUUAUCAACUAACAAAAAGAAAGGAGUUUGAGCAGCAACUAAACAAAAACAGGCUCAAUUUUGGCCAAUGGAUACGAUACGCCAAGUGGGAGAUCGACCAAAACCAUGACUUCAAAAGGGCAAGAUCGAUCAUGGAAAGAGCACUUGAGGUCAAUGUCCAACACAUUCCAUUCUGGGUCCGUUAUAUCGAGAUUGAGUUGCUACACAAGAAUGUCAACCACGCCAGAAAUUUGCUAGAUAGAGCUGUGACUACCUUACCCAGAACAGACAAAUUAUGGUUCAUGUAUGUGCAAACAGAAGAGUCAUUGGCGAAUUACCGAGGAGUCCGUGCUGUUUUCGAGAGAUGGCUUACUUGGAAACCCCCCAAGGAGGUGUGGGAUUCUUACAUUGCAUUUGAGAAAAGAUACGACGAGUACGAUAACUUGCGGAACAUAUACUUACGAUAUCUCGUGGAGUUUGGGGGUGAGGGUGAAAUAUGGUGGAAGUGGGCCAAGUUCGAAGUUUCUGGGCCAGCUCCUGACGAGGUUCAGAUAGCGCGUGUACGAGGAAUAUUCGAGGGAGCCAUAGACAAUCUAGCGCAACAAGGGAAGUUGCAAGACGAAUAUUUGCCAGCAUUAUUAAAACUUUGGGCAGACUGGGAGAUGUCUGUUAAAGAAGCAGAACGUUCACGGGCGGUGUACACUAUAUUACUCGAGCUGGGUUUACUCUCUAAGCAACAGCAAGCUAUAAUUUUUGAGGACUUCAGUGAAUUUGAGAAGAGGUAUGGACUAAUUGGUGGCGAGGAUGCAACUGUUCGCUUAAAAAGAUUGUAUCAGUAUGAAAAAGAUGUUGCACAAGACCCUCGUGACUAUGACUCGUGGUGGGACUACAUCAAGUUGCAAGAGAGUGACAAGCUGGAUUUGGAGAUUGCAGAACUAUUGAAGAAUGCAACUCUGGUGUCACCUAUACAUACUAGCAAACUGACAUCGUGGCGACGCUAUGUAUUUCUUUGGAUCAAGCUCGCAUGGAUCCAAGAAUUGAAUUUGGUAGAUAUCGAUGGUGCAAGGGCUAUAUGGAAACAGGCAUUAGAGGUUGUAGCCAAACGAAAGUUCACUUUUGCAAAAUUGUGGAUUUUGUACUCUGAAUUCGAACUUCGAAACGGUGAUGACGGGCUCACAGCAGCAAGAAAGAUUUUGGGAAGGGCUAUCGGUCAGUCAUCCAACGGCUCACCAAAGAACAAAAUAUUUAAGCAUUACAUUGCGCUAGAGAGGAAAUUAGGUGAAUGGACACGAGUGAGGAAAUUAUACGAGAAGUGGCUUGAGUUAAGUCUCGUGUAUGAUCAAAGUCAAGACGGCGCCACCAAUCUUGGGUUGGUUGUUUUAAAAGAAUUUGUUCAAUUUGAACAGUCGGUUGAUGAAUCAGAUAGAUGUGUUGGUCUUUUCGAGGCCGUGAUUGCUGUUAUCCACAAGACAACUCCGGAGUCUGAUAAUGAUAGCUACUACUUCUCGUUCAUUGAAUUCCUUAAGGAGGAAAUGCUCUAUGAUAAGGCAAGACAAGCUUACCGGGAAAAGCUAACAACCACACCUAGUGCCAAAGUGUGGAUACUGUUUGCACUUUUUGAGUCACAAAUCCUUUCUCCGAGCCAGUUGCAAGAGCUUGAGUCUACUACGGGAGAAGAAGUGCAGUUUUUGGUUGAGGACUACCAUAGAAAACAGACAAGAGCAAUUUUCACGGAGGCCUUCAAUUGGUUCAAAUCCGCUGGUGACAGUGAAAACGCUAUUCGUAUUCUAGAGGCCUGGAAGGACUAUGAAAGUGCACAUGGAACCGAUGAGUCCCUCAACAAAGUAAUCGACAGAAUGCCCACAGCAGUCAAAAAGAGACGUACAGUUGAAGGUGUGGAGGAGGUAUAUGUGGAGUACGUUUUUCCCGAAAUCAAGCCAGAUUUGUCCAAGUUCCUUGCCAAUGCAAGGAAAUGGGCACUUAACAAUUCAUAA